UCAUUUAUAUAGUAUUUGUUGAAAUCUGUAUAUUUUCUUUUUUGAUAAAAAAAAAAUCAAAAACAACCUAAUUACCCACGAUCAAGACAACAAAUAACGUGUUUGACAUCGUUUCGCAAACAAUGAAAUUAUAAAAGCAAACCACGUUGAUUUAAGAUUUUUUUCGGUAGAAGACAGGCAGCAAGCAGCGAAAAAGGAGGAAACGAGAGAUUCAGCGACGUCUCAAGCUCUUUUGUGUUCAUUUUGGCAAACGCUUCGCAUAUUAGCAAACAAAAAUUCCUCCUCACAGUAUGGCGUCGGUCGCCGCUUGGCUCCCCUUCGCCCGGGCGGCGGCCAUUGGUUGGGUUCCCAUAGCUCAACAUCCCCUUCCGCCUCCGCCGAUUAUCAAAAAUCGGAACAAAAACGAAGACGAAAAGUUGAUUGUCAACGUUUCCGGACGUCGUUUCGAGACAUGGCGCACCACAUUGGAAAAAUAUCCCGACACAUUGCUCGGCUCGAACGAGCGCGAAUUCUUCUACGACGAGGAAAACAAGGAAUACUUCUUCGAUCGUGAUCCGGAUAUUUUUCGGCACAUUUUGAAUUAUUAUCGCACGGGGAAGUUGCAUUAUCCGCGACACGAGUGCUUGUUGAGUUUCGAUGAGGAACUUGCGUUUUUCGGAAUUUUGCCUGACGUCAUUGGGGAUUGUUGCUACGAAGAUUACCGAGAUCGCAAACGCGAAAAUGCCGAAAGACUCAUGGAUGACAAACUUUCGGAGAAUAGUGACCAACAUUUGGAAAAACUCACAAAUAUUCGUGAACGCAUGUGGCGCGCUUUCGAAAAUCCUCAUACUUCCACUGCCGCUCUCGUUUUUUAUUACGUCACGGGCUUCUUUAUUGCGGUAUCUGUCAUGGCAAAUGUCGUCGAAACAGUGCCCUGUGGGUUGAGACCCGGGCGGGCAGGGACUUUGUCGUGCGGCGAACGCUACAAAAUUGUCUUCUUUUGCUUGGAUACGGCUUGCGUGAUGAUUUUCACGGCGGAAUAUUUGCUGCGGCUGUUCGCGGCGCCAAGUCGAUGUAAAUUUAUGCGCAGCGUCAUGAGUGUUAUUGAUGUCGUUGCCAUCAUGCCCUAUUAUAUAGGACUUUUCAUCACGGAUAACGACGAUGUGUCGGGCGCUUUUGUGACGUUGCGUGUUUUCCGCGUCUUUCGUAUCUUCAAAUUUUCACGUCAUUCGCAGGGUUUGCGAAUUCUCGGUUACACACUCAAAUCGUGUGCUUCAGAACUUGGUUUUCUCGUCUUUUCACUCGCGAUGGCGAUCAUCAUCUUCGCUACUGUUAUGUUUUAUGCCGAGAAAAAUGUCGACGGUACAAACUUCACAUCAAUUCCAGCUGCAUUUUGGUACACAAUUGUUACAAUGACAACGCUUGGUUACGGCGACAUGGUACCCGAAACAAUUGCCGGCAAAAUCGUUGGAGGCGUUUGCUCUCUCAGCGGUGUGCUUGUAAUCGCCCUUCCCGUUCCUGUUAUCGUAUCUAACUUCAGUAGAAUUUACCAUCAGAAUCAACGAGCUGACAAACGCAAAGCACAAAGAAAAGCACGUUUGGCUCGCAUCAAAAUGGCCAAAGCAGGUGCAGGAAUUGCAUUUGCCAACAAAAAGAAGGCGGCAGAAGCUCGUCUCGCUGCUCAGGAAUCUGGAAUUGAGCUUGAUGAAAACUACAACGAUGAUGACAUCUUCGAACUGCAACAUCAUCACUUGUUGAGAUGUUUAGAAAAAACAACGGAUCGCGAAUUUGUUGAACUCGAAUCCCAAUAUAAUGGCCAAACAAAACGCACGGGCUCUCCAUCGCCAAUGGCAAGUCCAUCGCAUUCAGCUCAUACUACCGCCGGACUAUUGCAUUCGUGCUGCGGGCGUUGUUGUACAGGACGAUAUCAGAAUUACACGUCAGCUGGUCAAUGAUCCAAGGAUGAUGCUAUUCCUUUGAGAGAAAGGCGUAGAACAUUAGUGACAAAGUGAUAAUUUAAUUGAAUACUUUUUAAGAACUUCAAAAAAAAAAAUUGAAUGUUAACCAGGAGACAAAAAAAUCCAAAAAAUUCGAACAUCUUAAAGCUUUAGACUUGAAAAACAAGAAUUAGUUAACUUAUUGUGUACUAAAUGUCAUUAUUAUCAAUGCUAUAUCAAGCAAGAAAUGAAAAAAUUAGAAGAGAAGAGUAGAAAACUCUGAAAAUUUUACGUACUUCCGUUUUAUGAAACUAUGUAAGAGAGUAAAAAGUUAAAAUUUAUUAUUAUUAUUAUCAUAUAU